CGGGCCGGGAUGGCGCUGCCCACCCCGCGCUACGAGCACCUGGGCCCGCGGGGGCCCUUUCGGGACGUGUACGAGCCGGCCGAGGACACCUUCCUGCUGCUCGAUGCGCUGGAGCGGGACGCGGGCAGCCUGCGGGAGGCUCGAGUCGAGAUCUGCCUUGAAAUAGGAUCUGGAUCUGGUGUGGUUUCAACAUUUCUGGCUUCUUCCAUCCUUGGACCCAGUGCACUGUACAUAUGCACAGAUAUCAACCCCAUGGCAGCUUACUGUACCCAGGAGACAGCUCUGCUUAACAAUGUUCACCUGCAGCCUGUCAUCACUGACUUGGUCAAAGGAUUAUCCCCGAGAUUAAAUGGGAAGGUUGAUCUGCUGCUGUUUAACCCACCAUAUGUGGUAACACCUUCUGAAGAGGUGAGAAGCUGUGGAAUAGAGGCAUCCUGGGCUGGGGGCAAACAGGGCAGAGAAGUAAUGGAUAGAGUUUUCCCAUUAGUACCAGACCUGCUUUCACCAGGAGGAUUAUUCUACUUGGUCACAAUCAAAGAAAACAAUCCAGAUGAAAUUCUGGAAACGAUGGAGAAAAGUGGCUUAAAAGGCACACGAGUACUUUCCAGGCAAGCAGGACAAGAGAUGCUGACAAUCCUCAGAUUUAGGAAAUCUUGAUAACUUCUCUUCACCUGCCAGGAUCAGCGUUCUCAGCACAAAUCACUUUGGCCUUGAUUAAGGACCAGAGUCUUCCACGUCCCUCUGACCUUCAGAGAAGAAGAAAGAGCCUGGUUAAAAUACAGAGAUGCUCAGAGUUCAGCACAAAAGCAUUUGGAGGAAGUUUGGAUCAGUGCACAGAUGGAAAUACAGUGGCACUUUAUACAAUGCAAAAUGUGAAAGCAGAGUUAGGAGUUGUUUCACUUGUUCUCACAUAGUUGUCAAAUAUUUUUACUACUCAGGGUACUGAACUUCUCAUCUCUUCCAACAUAUGUUCCAGCAGCAGAUAAGGAGGAUUCUGCAAUUCUUCAAUCCCUUGUAAUGAGCACAACAGUUCUGCAGCUCAUUAAACACCUUCCCUGAGCUUCAGAGAUGGCUUCUCAAGGAAUAAUGGAAAAUUUUAUUUUAGUAAUUGUACGUAUUUAUAUUGCCAUUGGGUUUUUUUGAGGAAUGUAAUUUUGGAAAUAGAAAUUGAAUUUUAGUCCUUUUCACUUUUCCCCCCCCAUUUUAAAGAAACAUUCAUGGAGUUUUUCUGGUGUACACUGGAGGGUGUUUUUGGGACUCUCAUUGUUUUGUCUGUGGUUACAAAGCUUAAAUAAGUUGGCUUCAACUCCCAGCUUACUUUUGACCAAAAUAAAAACCAAACAAGUUUAGAAGGGGUAAGAUGGAAGUGCAUUAAAAAAAAAAUUCCAUCAUGGUUCUGUAGAGACUGACUUGCAAGACUUUUGUUUGUGUAAUGCUGCUAUAAACAUUAUUUUGAUAUUUGUAGUAAUUUGUGUCAUUUUAGCAGUGCUUUAUCACAGGAGGGUACUGGGCACAGGGUAGUCCUCACACCAGUCCAAAUUAGCAGAGCCUCUUACUCAAAAUCUUCUAGAGUUGAAAGUGGGACAAUAAUUAGAUGUGGUUAAGCUAAAUAAUUGCAGAUAAACUGUCAAAUUAAGGAUAAUUUGACUGCAGACUGGACCUAGAGCUUGUGGGAUUUCCAGAUUUCAAGCUCAGGGUUGAAUGCUACCAAAACCUUUGGCCGUGGUUCAAAGCACUUUGUCCUCAGGUGCUGGAGUUCUUACCUAGCCAGUUACUGAAUAUUUUUCAGUUAUUAUCAUUUUCAUCCUCUUCAGUUAAAUUAGGAGGCUCUGCUGUGGUAGUAAAAUAAGACCCAUUAUCUCCAGGGUGCACUGAGCACUGCUUUGGUUUCUGUUCUCCACCUGUAAUGUUUAAUAGCUACAGACAGGUUUAAUUAUGAGGCCACAUCUUAUUGUAAACUUGAUAAUUGCUCUGAGCCAGCAUUACCUGAGGAAUCUACAGGAAUAUCCUUUUUAUCAACAUGACUGGAGAAACCUUUUAUUAUCUGGGCAUUGGGAAGAGAAAAUGAUCCUGAGGGUUUAAAAAACAUCUUCCCUUCUGUGGCUCCUGCCUCCUCUCACAGAGUAAUGAACAAAGCUGCAAUGUUUUUUUUUAUUUGUUUGUUGUUUUUUUUUUUUUAAGAUGUUCCUGCACGUGAGGUUUUGAUUUUACAAGAAGCAAGGUAGCAGAGAGGAAGGAUGCAAAGCAGGAUUUUAAACUUGUUCAGUGCUUCUGCAUGACGUAAAUUCAACAUCAGUCAAUUAAGAAGUUGAAAAAAUUCACCAUUCACACAACAAUCUGCACUGGGGGUGAUUGUUUUUACUGCAUCUUCAUAAGGACAAGUAAUUUGGAUUUUGUGUGUUCCUUUCUCAGCAUGUCCUUUUCUUCCCCUAAAUAUUUUUAAGACUUAGCUGAACCUUCCCAAAAACUUUGCCCAUGCAACGUUUCUUCAUAAAGUUAGAGCCAAAUUGAAAGCAAACAGGCAUUUUGUAUAUAGAAAUUGUCACCUCUGCUUAUGAUGGAAAUGCUUACCAAAGUCUAAAUUAACAGGACUUUUUUUCCAGAGUAAUAUUUUGGAAAAAAGAAUGGAAUCACUUUCUGAAAUGUUAUGUUUGGAUUUCUUUUUUCUAUUGAAAAUUUUGUGUUUGGAUGGAGUGUGUGAUCAGGAGAUGUUUAUGAGGAGCUGAAAAAGCCUGACAAAAACUCCAAUCCAGCCUAAAAGGAAAAUAUUUAUGGAAGAGAACUCUUUGAGUGUUACUGCACACACAGCAGGGCUCCACUUGAACCAAAACUCUCCUACCACAAAUUGCAUUUUUGUGCACUGAAGACACCUGGUGGCUGCAUCCACAGCCAGCUCCAACAGAAAAACUGGAUAUUCAGGGAAGUUUUUCUCUUGUUAAUUACCACCUUGAGCCAUUCUGUUUUUAUGAUAUUAUUAAGAUACAAAUGAGAUAUUUUCGAUCUCCAAAUGGUAAUUUAGAUUUUUAAAUUUGGGUUUUUAACAAAAUUUAAUUUGAGACACUGCAGGAGUCUAGUUUUGCUUUAAAAGCAUGUUUCAAGGCAUAGUAAAUACUAAAUAAAUAUACAAUAAGUAUUUGUCAAAGUAAGGCAUGAGAAUCCUAAUCCUAAACUGUAUGAUUAGGAAAGGGAGAUGGCAGGAAAAGGUGUCACCAGAUGGGUGUUGAUUUGCACUGUCUGUAGUAACUCAGUAACUUCUUUGCUGAAUCCUAAGAGAUGUCAGGUGUUUAAAAACCCUCAGUGCAAUUGAAUUCAAAGAGCUGAUUCAAUUUAAACACAACUAGCACAGUUCUCUGUGUUGAAUAUGAUUAUUUUGGAGGAAGAGGCUCCAAAAAUAUGGGGUAAAAUUCACACCUGAGGAUUGCUAUAAACAGAAACGUUCUUUACCCGAUUCAGUCCCCUUUGUCCUGGCUGUUGCUACUUUACUGAAGGCAAGUGAAAAGAAAAACCCAGCCAUAAUCUAUGCAAUGUUCUUUCUGUCCCACCUCAGUUUUUCUUCUGACAAGACCACAGUUCUAUUUUGGGGCUGUAUUUUUCCUGUUUGCAGGAAACCACAGAGUGAGACACAGCGUUCUGAGAGUGAGCUCCAGGAAGUCUGCUGAAAAUUACCUUUUAACACUGCACGAAGGAGGUUUUAGUGCCUUAAAGGAGCAGCAAUGUUCCAGUGUCCCAUCAGCUCCUUGCCUGUCACUGGUGAUCACAGAGCUCAGGAUUUACUGCUGCACCAGCCAAGGCAGCCCCU